UUUUUGGUUUUAUUGUUUGUAAAAUAUAAAUACAGAGUAAAGGUAAAGAUGGACGGGGUGAGAUGGAUGCCCGGUUGUUACGAGAUGUUCUAAGAUUAGAUAGUAAGUGUGCAACCAGGGCUCGUUGUGCUUCUUUAUUUAUUUUAUUUUUUUCACAAAUCUCAACCGGUCCAGCUCGGGUUAGCACGCGUGCUAAUGGGAACUAACGAUAAUGGUAAAGAUGGCAUGUCAGUUGAACGAUGGAGAGUGGUAGUCUGUCUUAACUUGAUAUAGAUUUGGGGGUCAGAACUCUGGAUUAUCCGACUAAACAAAACAUAACUUUUAUUUAGUUUAGCUAAACUUGUUAGCUAACUAAAUAGAAAGUUUUUCUUGCCCUGUCCGCUAUGUCUGGAAGCGAGGAUGACAGAGACGACUAUGGAGCCCCGGAGGACCGGUUAAUGCACGAUGACGACGAAGAGGAGGUCUCGGAGAAUGAGACCCCGAAGGUGAAGAAGAAGAAGAAGGCCAAGAAGAGCAAAGAGAGCAAGGGCAGCAAGAGGCGAUCGCGCAGAGAGGAGCUCCCCAUCAGCUCCCCAGAGCCCAUGGACAUGGGCGGGGCGGAGGAGGUGGAAGGCGGCGGCGGCCACGCCCAGCGCUCCGACAGCGAGGGCAGCGACUACACUCCGGGACGCAAGAAGAAGAAGAGGGGCAGCAGCGGUAAAGAGAAGAAGAGGAGCAGCUCCGGAGCCGAGAGGAGCAGCUCCAAGAAGAAAGAGCCGGAGCCCGAGGAGGAAGACGACGACGACGACGAUGACGACGAUGACAGCUCGGAGCCGAAGUCGUCGUCCCAGCUGCUUGAUGACUGGGGCAUGGAGGACAUCGACCACGUCUUCACCGAGGAGGACUACCGCUCUCUGACCAACUACAAAGCCUUCAGCCAGUUCGUCAGGCCCCUCAUCGCAGCCAAGAACCCCAAGAUCGCCGUGUCCAAGAUGAUGAUGGUUCUGGGCGCCAAAUGGCGCGAGUUCAGCACCAACAACCCCCUGAGGGGAGCCGCCGCCGCCAACGCAGCCCUGGCGACCGCCAACGUGCCGGCCGCGGUCGACACCAUGGUGGCGGAGGUCGCGCCGGUCGUCGUAGCGCCGCCACCACCGCCGGCGCCGGUGGCUCCAGUGGAGCCUCCGCCACCGCUACGCAAGGCCAAGACUAAGGAAGGGAAAGGUCCCAACGCCCGCAAGAAGUCCAAACCUACACUUAAACAACAAGAGAAGAAGAACAGUGCCAAGACCAAGAAAGUGGCUCCUCUCAAAAUCAAACUGGGAGGUUUCAACAGCAAAAGGAAACGCUCGUCGAGCGAGGACGAGGAGCCCGAAGUGGACAGCGAUUUCGAGGACGGCAGCAUGAACAGCGUCUCCGUGUCGGAGGGAUCCAACAGCCGCAGCAGCCGCAGCAAAAAGAAGCCGUCCAAGAGCAAACCCAAGAAGAAGAAAGCAGAGGAUGGGGACGGCUAUGAGACGGACCACCAGGACUACUGCGAGGUUUGCCAGCAGGGUGGCGAGAUCAUCCUGUGUGACACCUGCCCCAGAGCGUACCACAUGGUCUGCCUGGACCCCGACAUGGAGAAGGCCCCCGAGGGCACCUGGAGCUGCCCGCACUGUGAGAAGGAGGGCAUCCAGUGGGAGGCCAGGGAGGAGAACUCGGAGGCCGAGGAGGACGUCGUCGAGGCUGUAGACAUGGAGGAGGACGACCUCCACAUGGAGUUCUGCCGAGUGUGCAAAGACGGAGGCGAGCUGCUCUGCUGCGACUCGUGCCCCUCGUCGUACCACAUCCACUGCCUCAACCCGCCGCUCCCAGAGAUCCCCAACGGAGAGUGGAUCUGCCCCCGCUGCACGUGUCUCCCCAUAAAGGGGAAGGUCCAGAAGAUCCUGACGUGGCGAUGGGGCGAAGCUCCGGCUCCCACGCCGGUGCCCCGCCCUGCGGACCUUGCGGCCGACACCCCCGACCCCAAACCGCUGGCGGGACGUCCGGACAGAGAGUUCUUCACCAAGUGGUCCAACAUGUCGUACUGGCACUGCUCCUGGGUCACCGAGCUCCAGCUGGAGCUCCACUGUCAGGUGCUGUUCAGGAACUACCAGAGGAAGAACGACAUGGACGAUCCGCCGCCCAUCGACUUCGCCGAAGGCGAGGAGGACAAGAGCGUCAAGAGGAGGAACAAGGACCCCAUGUACGCGCAGCUGGACGACAAGUACCUCCGCUAUGGCAUCAAGUUUGAGUGGCUGAUGAUGCACCGCAUCCUCAACCACAGUGUGGACAGGAAGAACAACAUCCACUACCUGAUCAAGUGGAGAGAGUUGCCGUACGACCAGGCCACCUGGGAGGCCGACGACAUGGACGUACCCGACUUUGACACCUGCAAGGUGCACUACUGGAACCACAGAGAGCUGAUAAUGGGAGACGAGGGGAAACCGGGGAAGAAGCUCAAGGUGAAGGGACGAGUGAAGCGGCCCGACAGACCUCCUGAGAACCCCGUGGUGGACCCGACCAUAAAGUUCGAGCGUCAGCAGGACUACCUGGACAGCACGGGGGGCACGCUGCACCCCUACCAGCUGGAGGGUCUCAACUGGCUGCGGUUCUCCUGGGCUCAGGGCACCGACACCAUCCUGGCCGACGAGAUGGGUCUGGGUAAGACGGUGCAGACCGCCGUCUUCCUCUACUCGCUCUAUAAAGAGGGCCACUCGAAGGGCCCGUUCCUGGUCAGCGCGCCGCUCUCCACCAUCAUCAACUGGGAGAGGGAGUUGGAGAUGUGGGCCCCCGACAUGUACGUGGUGACCUACGUCGGAGACAAAGACAGCCGAGCCGUCAUCCGAGAGAACGAGUUCUCCUUCGAGGACAACGCCACCCGAGGAGGGAAGAAGGCCUCCAGGAUGAGGAAAGACUCAUCGAUCAAGUUCCACGUCCUGCUGACGUCCUACGAGCUGAUCACCAUCGACAUGGCCAUCCUGGGCUCCAUAGACUGGGCCUGCCUGGUGGUGGACGAGGCCCACAGACUGAAAAACAACCAGUCGAAGUUUUUCCGGGUGUUGAACAACUACCCUCUGCAGCACAAACUGCUGCUGACUGGAACUCCGCUGCAGAACAACCUGGAGGAGCUUUUCCACCUGCUCAACUUCCUCACACCUGAGAGGUUCAGUAAAUUGGAGAUUUUCCUGGAGGAGUUCGCCGACAUCGCAAAGGAAGACCAGAUCAAGAAGCUGCACGACAUGCUGGGUCCGCACAUGCUCAGGAGGCUGAAGGCCGACGUCUUCAAAGAUAUGCCCUCCAAGACGGAGCUCAUCGUCCGGGUGGAGCUCAGCCCUCUGCAGAAGAAGUACUACAAGUUCAUCCUGACGAAAAACUUUGAGGCUCUGAACACCAAAGGAGGAGGAAACCAGGUUUCUCUGCUCAACGUCGUCAUGGACCUCAAGAAGUGCUGCAACCACCCCUACCUCUUCCCCACGGCCGCUAUUGAAGCUCCAAAGAUGCCCAACGGGAUGUACGACGGCAACUCUCUCACAAAGGCUGCUGGGAAACUGACGUUACUGCAGACGAUGAUGAGGAAGCUGAAGAACGGAGGACACAGAGUGCUCAUCUUCUCUCAGAUGACCAAGAUGUUGGACUUGCUCGAGGACUUCCUGGAGAACGAGGGCUACAAGUAUGAGAGGAUCGACGGUGGCAUCACGGGAGGGAUGAGACAGGAAGCUAUCGAUCGCUUCAACGCUCCCGGCGCUCCGCAGUUCGCCUUCCUGCUGUCAACGAGGGCCGGAGGUCUGGGUAUCAACCUGGCCACCGCCGACACCGUCAUCAUCUACGACUCUGACUGGAACCCCCACAACGACAUCCAGGCCUUCAGCAGAGCUCAUCGUAUCGGUCAGAACAAGAAGGUGAUGAUCUACCGCUUCGUCACCAAGGCCUCAGUGGAGGAGAGGAUUACUCAGGUUGCCAAGAAGAAGAUGAUGCUAACUCACCUGGUGGUCCGACCAGGUCUCGGAUCCAAGACGGGCUCCAUGUCCAAACAGGAGCUGGACGACAUCCUCAAGUUCGGAACGGAGCAGCUCUUCAAGGACGAGCUGUACGGUCUCGGUGAGCACAAGAACAAGGAGGAGGACAGCAGCGUCAUUCACUACGACGAGAAGGCCAUCGACCGUCUGCUGGACAGGAACCAGGACGCCACGGAAGACAAGGAGCUGCAGAGCAUGAACGAGUACCUGAGCUCCUUCAAGGUGGCUCAGUACGUGGUCAAAGACGAGGAGGAGGAGGAGGAGGAGGUGCAGCGGGAGAUCAUCAAGCAGGAGGAGAGCGUGGACCCGGACUACUGGGAGAAGCUGCUGCGUCACCAUUACGAGCAGCAGCAGGAGGAUCUGGCCCGCAACCUGGGCAAAGGCAAGCGUAUCCGCAAGCAGGUCAACUACAACGACGGGUCUCAAGAGGACAGAGGUAGGAAUGGAGCUGAUUGGCAGGAUGACCAGUCUGACGGCCAAUCGGAUUACUCGGUGGCGUCUGAGGAGGGAGACGAGGACUUUGACGAGCGAACAGAAGCCAACUCUCGCAGGCCGAGCAGGAAGGGCCUGAGGAACGACAAAGACAAGCCGCUGCCCCCCCUGCUGGCCAGGGUGGGAGGCAACAUCGAGGUGUUGGGUUUCAACUCUCGGCAGAGGAAGGCCUUCCUGAAUGCAGUGAUGCGUUAUGGGAUGCCCCCCCAAGACGCCUUCACCACCCAGUGGCUGGUCCGAGACCUGCGCGGGAAAUCUGAGAAGGAGUUCAAGGCGUACGUCUCUCUGUUCAUGCGUCACCUCUGUGAGCCCGGAGCCGACGGCGCCGAGACCUUCGCCGACGGCGUCCCCAGAGAAGGAUUAUCACGGCAACACGUCCUCACGCGCAUCGGGGUCAUGUCGCUCAUCCGCAAGAAGGUCCAGGAGUUCGAGCAUGUGAACGGUCAGUGGUCGAUGCCCUGGAUGGCCGAGCUGGAGGAAAGCAAGAAGGCCGCGGCUCAGCCAGAGUCGCCCGGGAAAACCCCGUCAACCGGGACCCCCGCUGACACGCAGCCCAACACACCUGCUGCAGUCGAUGACUCCGCUUCAAAGAACGAGGAAACGGUGAAGGAUCCAGAGGAGGUGAAGAAAGAGGGCGAGGCGGAGAAGAACGGCAAAGAGUCGGCGAACGCCAUCAACGAGGUGAUCGCCAUCCCAGACGACGACGACGACGACGACGAGAAGAGUCCGCCGGCGGAGAAGGAGAGCAAGAAGAACGGGGAAGAGCCGAUGGAGACGGACAAACCGAGCAACGGGGAAGCAGAGGGCGAGGAGAAGGAGAAGGAGGCAGAGAGCGAGAUGAAGAGUGCGGAGGGAGGAGAGGAAACAAAGUCGACACCAGAGGCCAAGACGGAGGGGUCAGACGUCAAACCCGAGGACACCGAGGUCAAAGCAGAAGAAAAAGAAGAAAAGAUGGACAUCACGCCUCCUGCAGAUGAAAAGAAAGCGGAUCUGAAGGAGGAGAAGGAGCCUCAGAAACCAGAGGAGGCGACGACGACGAUGACCAAACUGCAGAACGGAGACGGCUGCAAAGAGGGCGGAGCUUCAGCUGCCCUUCCUCCUGCUGCUGCAGCUGCCGCCGCAACCACAACCAUGGUCGCCAUCGCUGGAGCCGCCGCUAGUGAGGAGAAGAAGAAGGUGGCGGCGGCCAAGACCCGGUUCAUGUUUAACAUCGCUGACGGAGGAUUCACAGAGCUUCACUCUUUGUGGCAGAACGAGGAGCGCGCUGCUACCGUCACCAAGAAAACCAACGAGAUCUGGCACCGCCGGCACGACUACUGGCUGCUGUCUGGCAUCAUUCAACACGGUUACGCCCGCUGGCAGGACAUCCAGAACGACGUGAAGUUCGCCAUCCUCAACGAGCCGUUCAAGGGAGAGAUGAACCGAGGGAACUUCCUGGAGAUCAAGAACAAGUUCCUCGCCCGGAGGUUCAAGCUGUUGGAGCAGGCGCUGGUGAUCGAGGAGCAGCUGCGUCGGGCCGCCUACCUCAACAUGUCCGAGGACCCGUCCCACCCCUCCAUGGCCCUCAACACGCGCUUCAGCGAGGUCGAGUGUCUGGCCGAGUCCCACCAGCACCUCAGCAAGGAGUCCAUGUCCGGGAACAAGCCGGCCAACGCCGUCCUGCACAAAGUGCUGAAGCAGCUGGAGGAGUUGCUGAGCGACAUGAAGGCUGAUGUCACCCGCCUCCCGGCAACCAUCGCCCGAAUACCGCCGGUUGCGGUGCGACUCCAGAUGUCCGAGAGGAACAUCCUGAGCCGGCUGGCGAGUCGAGGGCCCGAGACACAGACGCAGUCACAGACACAACAGAUGUCACAGCAGUAGAGUGAAACUCUGCGCUUUACCUCGAAAAACCAACCCCCUGCCUCACCUUCGACAUUCCUGAUUGGUGCACAGCAGAAUGACGGACAGCGCGCUCAAGCUUGAAGCCACACCCAGUUCACCCCCUCCCCCAAACCUCCCCACCCAAAAAACAGACUUUAUGGAGGAUCGAAUCCCUUCCCCGAAGUUUGAGGCUGUGGACAGAAAAGCUAUUUUAUUUUUUUCCUCCUUUUUUCAAUUUCUGUAUUAAUAUUAUUGAUAUAAUGUUAUUAUGAUGGUUUUUUGGGACCUAAAUAAAAAUGUAAUAAAGUUUGUUUGUGGUCAGUUGGGGGGGAACGGGCUACUUUUAGUGUUAAAUUACAGUUUAAUGUCGUAAAAAAAUCUUCACAUUAAGACUCAGAAGCUCCACUUCAAAGGUUUCUGAGUUAAAUGCUUCUACGCUUCCUGGUUCUCUCUUCUUAGUCUGCCUCUGACGAGCUGAAACUAAAUCCCUGACAGCAGACUAAUUGUGCAACUUCCACGUGUACUUUGCCUUUUUAUUAUGCAUUCAAAUUACGUAUUACUUCCUUCAAACUGACAACUUUGGAAACUUCACAAAGAGAAAAAAGAUUUAAUUUGUGUUUCUUGGUCCAGCUCACCAUUAAUUGCAACUUAUUUAAAUUGUUUGCAUCUUCAAUUAGUUCCUCAAUUUUCUUUGUUGGAUAAAUCCUCAUUUAUGUUUUUAGUAAACAUUUCGUCUGUUUAGAGUGUUUAUCAUCUCAUAACAAACUCAAAACCUGCGUAAUUAGUAUUUUUGAAUGUGAUUCCUGUUUGUCGCCACUAGAGGCAGAUAAAGACCAAAUGUUUUAAAGACUUUAAGAGAAAGAUUUGGGAAAACGUUUCAGAGUAAAUCGGGGCAAGAACAUGACAUUUCUGUUGCAAACAUGAAUUUAUUUGAAUUCACAGACGGAAUCAGAAUAACAAUGUUAAAUGUAAAGUUCCUUUUGAUUUCCAGCAGAACUGAAGAAGCGCUGAUGCUGAUUUUCGCGUCAAAGAGUCAAAUCAAAUAUAUAUUUUUACAUUUUAAAUGGUCAAUAUCUACAGUCUCCUUUUAAAAAUAUACAGAUGAGUCACAUUCGAUCAAGUUCAGAACACGGAAACAUUCAAACACAACACGAGUCGGAUCGGAUCACGAGACGAUAAAAACUCUAAAUUGUUUCCGUCGCUUUUGCCCAAAGUGUAAAUACAUCAGCAGCAGUACCGACGCUGACCGCUAGGGGGCAGCUUUCAUGAACAGACCUGUACGAGUACAACACGGCUGGACAAAGAGGAACAAAGAGAAAGCAGGAAUCCUUUAACUCUGGUUUAAAAAGCUGUUCACUUUUAGUCCUUUAAAACAAACGCGAGCAACAAAAUGUUCACUGUGACGAUCGGCUUAGAACCCGAGUAGUGUUGGUACACAUUCAUUGUCCUAAUCUGCUAAAAUCUUCUUUUGACAAACGGUCAACCUCUGUGAAGUCAUUUUGUUUCACCUCUGUGAAACGGUUUUUAUUUUUCAAGAUCCCUUAAACUCUGUUUUGGUUUGUUUAGGAACCAAAAAUCUGCAGAAACUUUCAUAACUGUCGUUUAUACUUUUAUGUUGUAUGUUUAAUUCCUUCUGCUUAUGUGUCAAUGAGGAGAUGGAGACCAGCAGAGGUUUGCCGUUUGUACUGGAAGUACAUAAAGAUCAGGUCACAGAUCACUUCCUGUCUCUUUAAC